GGUCCGCGGGGCGGGGGCGGGGGCGGGGCCGGGGCGCGGCCGGGCUGUGGCGGUGGCGUUGGCGGUGGCUGCGGCGACGGCGGCCUCGUCGGCGUAAGGGUUGGGGUCGGUAAGAGGCGCGGCGAUGCUGCAGCUGCGGGACUCGGUGGACUCUGCCAGCACUAGCCCCACGGCGGUGCUGGCGGCCGGCGAGGAGGUGGGGGCAGGCGGCGGCCCGGGCGGGGGACGGCCGGGAACGGGGACGCCGCUGCGCCAGACACUCUGGCCUCUUAGCAUCCACGACCCCACGCGCCGCGCCCGCGUCAAGGAGUACUUCGUGUUCCGGCCCGGCAGCAUCGAGCAGGCCGUGGAGGAGAUCCGCGUGGUGGUGCGGCCCGUGGAGGACGGCGAGAUCCAGGGAGUGUGGCUGCUGACCGAGGUGGAUCACUGGAACAAUGAGAAGGAGCGGCUGGUGCUGGUCACGGAGCAGUCACUGCUUAUCUGUAAAUACGACUUCAUCAGUCUCCAGUGCCAGCAGGUGGUCCGGAUAGCGCUCAACGCAGUAGAUACCAUUUCCUACGGAGAAUUCCAGUUUCCCCCGAAAUCGCUCAACAAGCGAGAAGGUUUUGGGAUUCGAAUUCAGUGGGACAAGCAAAGUCGUCCUUCCUUCAUAAACAGAUGGAAUCCCUGGUCUACCAACGUGCCCUAUGCCACUUUCACAGAACACCCGAUGGCUGGCGCAGAUGAGAAGACAGCAUCUCUGUGCCAGUUGGAAAGCUUCAAGGCUCUGUUAAUUCAAGCUGUCAAAAAAGCCCAAAAAGAAAGCCCUUUGCCAGGACAGGCGAAUGGCGUGCUGAUCCUGGAGCGUCCUCUGCUCAUCGAGACCUACGUGGGACUCAUGUCCUUCAUUAACAACGAGGCUAAACUAGGCUACUCCAUGACCAGGGGCAAAAUAGGCUUUUAGCUGGCUGCAUUCUGGGAGCUCCUCCCCGUCCCGAGAAGGCCAAGGGAUGUGGGGGCCGGGGACUGGGAGGCUUGGCAGUCUUCACGCUGCCCUGCUGCCGGCUGGAAGGAUGGGGGUCUUUUACCUGUAGGGAUCUCAGCACAAUUAGAAUAGUAAAGUGAAUUCUAUCUAUUUAAUUGGAUAUUGGACUCUGCUAAUACAGGCUACAGACAAAAGCCAAGAGACUGUCGCUGUUUCUGUGCUGCUGGUAUUUCAUCCUCUGUAACUUCAGUUCUGGUGUUUUCCUCGAGUAUCUACUUGGCUUCUUGCGGUUUUUCCCACCCCCGCUGGCCCAGCACGCGGGACCCACAGCACGCCCCUCAGCGCUUACAUAGGCUGCUGAAAACGGAGGUAUCUGGUACCUCGAGUGCCUGCAGUUGCAAGUAUGUUUACACUUGGUGUCCAAUUUUGUAUUUUAAAAUGUAAUCCAUUUGUACUUCAGCUCAUCUAAAAGCAGCCAGCAGACCGGUUGACUAAGACCAGUCUGUACCUGUAGGCCCCUUGGUGACCCGCUGCUCUUUUGGAAAUGGGUGACCUGAAGUCACACUUUUUCCACAAUUAACCCAAGUUGUGUUAAUACUUCAGGUCUGUUUCCCAGACCCAGAAAGCUUUACAGAAAAUCAUUUUAAGACAAUUUAUUAAUUUGAGAAAGUCACCUUGACAGUUCUUUGCACACAGGUUUUACAACUCUGGAUUCUGAGUUUGGAUUGUAUUCAUAUUUAAAAGGGAAUCGGGUAGUUUGCUUUUUGAGUAAUGCACUUUAAAACGAGGAACCGUGUCAGGCCAGCACAGUGGCUCACGCCUGUAAUCCCAGCAUUUUGGGAGACUGAGGCAGGCUGAUCGCUCUAGCUUAGAAGUUGCAGAGCAGCCUGGGCAACACGGUGAAACCCCGUCUCUACCAAAUAUACAAAACACAGCCGGGUGUGGUGGCGCGUCUGUGGUCCCAGCUUCUCAGGAGGCUGAGCCAGGAGGAGGAGGUUGCAGUGGGCUGAGAUGGCGCCACUGACUGCAUUCCAGCCCGGGCAACAGAGGGAGACUUCAUCUAUCAGAUCCUUAUGAAGCAGCUGAUGCCUGCCUUGAUUCCUCAACAGCUCCAGCAUAGACUCGGGGCUUUGUCCAAGUCUCGCACUAAACAUGCCUGGGCUUCGAUGUGCCUGGAGGAUUUCCCCACAGGGACCCACGCACCUCCCUGUAUCUACGCAGCUUGCUCAUGUGGCUGGAAGCGCUGUUGAUAAGUUUCACGCACUGGCUCGCCAGCUCUUCGUCUCUAGGACUUGUAGCUUUAAGUGAACGGUGUGGUGUGGGUUGAGUGUGGCCACUUGCGGGAUGUGCAGGGCUGUCUCGGAAGCUGGCUGGGGACUCCAGCCUCUGUGUUCAUAAAGACAUUUAGAAGUGGAUGGAUGUUUUUCCUUUUUUGAAGUUGGUAUUAAAGUAGGUGCAACAACCAAGAAA